AUGGGAACAAUAUCCAAAUGUCGGGUAACAAUUCUAGUCACCUGACUCCCCGGAAACUAACCACGGUGAUGAGUGAUGACUUCAAUUUCGAGCUCCCAGAGGAGUACCAUUUGAUGCUUGAUGGCAGGUGGGAGGAUUAUCAGGCAGCUGCUUUCAGUUGUGUGUUUAUCAAGAAUCCCUACUAAUCAAGCAAAUGAAGUUUGUGAGGCUGGAGGUACCAGCAUUUGUUUCCACUUUAUGUUCUUGUUCAAUUGGCUUUCUUCACUUCAAAAAGCAUUUCUAAUAGGUCCAUUAGUUUUCUUCACACCACAGUACAUGACUCAAGAAAAUUUCAUUUUAACC